AGGCUAUCGCAGCCACUCCCAGCACCAGUUGCUGACCAGCCUGCCCACUGGCCUCCCCACCCUGCUUCUGGCGGCCCUGAAUGCCUGCUUCUCCAAGCUCCUUGGGGGUCUGACAAAGCAGGGACCAUGUCCACCUUUGGCUACAGGAGAGGACUUAGCAAAUAUGAAUCCAUCGAUGAGGACGAGCUCCUUGCUUCCUUGUCAGCUGAGGAGCUGAAAGAACUAGAAAGGGAGUUGGAAGACCUUGAACCUGACCACAACCUUCCCGUGGGGCUAAGGCAAAAGAGUCUGACUGAGAAAACCCCCACGGGGACAUUCAGCCGAGAGGCACUGAUGGCCUAUUGGGAAAAGGAGUCCCAGAAACUCUUGGAGAAGGAGAGGCUGGGGGAGUGUGGACAGGUUGCAGAAGAAGACAAAGAGGGGAGUGAGGAAGAGCUUAUCUUCACUGAGAGUAACAGUGAGGUCUCCGAGGACGUGUACACGGAGGAGGAGGACGGGGACGAGGAGGACGACGAUGACCAGGACGACGACGACGACAAAGAAGAAGAGGAAGAAGAAGGCAGUGAGAACGGUAUUAACGGAACUGUAAAUUACGGUGGCGUCACUUCUGAGACCUCGAAGCCGAAGACGUUUACGAGUCAAAUGGAAAACAUCACGCUGACCAACGGCCACGGCGCAAGGAACACGGAGUCGCCGACGGCCACCCACCCCUGCGGAAAUCCUACGGUGAUCGAGGAGGUUCUGGAAAAGAUCCGAAACAACGACCCCGACACCACAGAGGUCAAUCUGAACAAUAUCGAGAACAUCACGUCGCAGACCCUCGCCCGCUUCGCCGAGGCGCUCAGGGGCAACACGGUGGUGAGGGCCUUCAGCCUGGCCAACACGCGCGCCGACGACAGCGCGGCCACGGCCAUCGCGGACAUGCUGCGGGCCAACCGGUGCAUCGUCAGCAUCAACGUCGAGUCCAACUUCAUCACCGGCAAGGGGAUCCUGGCCAUCAUGCGGGCCCUGCAGCACAACACCGUGCUCACCGAGCUGCGCUUCCACAACCAGCGGCACAUCAUGGGCAGCCAGGUGGAGAUGGAGAUCGUCAAGCUGCUGCGGGAGAACACCACGCUGCUGAGGCUGGGCUACCAUUUUGAGCUCCCAGGACCAAGAAUGAGCAUGACGAGCCUCUUGACGAGAAACAUGGAUAAGCAGAGGCAGAAGCGGAUGCAGGAGCAGAAGCAGCAAGAGGGAUAUGACGGGGGAUCCAACCUUAGGACCAAAGUCUGGCAGAGGGGGACUCCUGGCUCUUCACCGUAUGCAUCUCCCAGGCACUCCCCCUGGUCCUCCCCGAAAAUCCCCAAGAAAGUCCAGACAGCGGGGAGCCGGCCGCAGUCUCCCGUGGUCCCACCUCCACCCCCGCCCCCGCCCCCGCCGCCUCCUCCUCCUGCCCCACAAAAGCUGCCACCGCCCCCUCCGCCGCCACCUCCUCCACUCCCAGAGAAAAAGCUCAUCACCCGCAACAUUGCAGAAGUCAUCAAGCAACAGGAGAGUGCCCAGCGGGCAUUGCAAAACGGACAGAAAAAGAAAAAAGGGAAAAAGGGUAAGAAACGACCAAACAAUAUCCUAAAGGAAAUUAAAAAUUCCUUGCGGUCAGUGCAAGAGAAGAAAGCGGAAGAAGGUUCUCGACCCUCUACUCCGCUGAGGUCAGCUCAUGACAAUCUCAUGGAAGCGAUUCGGGGAAGCAGUAUAAGACAGCUAAGGCGGGUGGAAGUUCCAGAAGCUCUGCGAUAAAAACACGAUUUUUAGAAGAGGAUGCCGAAUUAUUCAGUGAUAUUAAAUAAGACGCGUUGUGAGACGUUUCUAAAAUACUUUCUUCAAUUUGAAAUGUUCCUUGACUUUGCAAAUAGCCUCACCUGUUAAUUCCAAGGAGAAUUUUAAGAAACAAUCAGCAUGUUUCUUCUGUAAAUAUGAAAAUAAACUUCUUUUUCUAUGUUAUGAGACUUGUAUUGGCAAGAAGUAGUUUAUUUUAAAGAUGCUCUCCUAUCUCUGGGUGUGUUAGCAACUGAUUUGUAGUGAGUUAAUGAGAGGUCCUGUUAUUUUUGUAAUCCCAAUAAAUUUGGAUUGAGGUUU